ACCGCUGUCUGAAAAAGCGCCCCGGCAGGCAGACGGGCAGGCAGGGCGGCAGCAGUGACAGUAACAACAACAACAACAACAACAGCAGCAGCAGCAGCAGCGGUAGUGGCAGCAGCAGCAGCAGCAGCAGCAGCAGUUACAGCAGUAACAGCAGCGGCAGCAGGACGCGCCCCGCCGCCGCCGCCAUGGUGUCCCCCGUCACCGUGGUGAAGAGUGAAGGUCCCAAACUGGUGCCCUUCUUUAAAGCCACUUGUGUCUAUUUUGUCCUCUGGCUGCCAACUUCCAGCCCCUCCUGGUUCAGCGCCCUCAUCAAAUGUCUGCCCAUCUUCUGCCUGUGGGUUUUCCUUCUGGCUCAUGGAAUUAACUUCUUAGUGUCACACCGGAGCGCCAGCCGCAUCCUAGCGGGACUCAUAUUCUCGGCAGUGGGAGAUGCCUUUCUCAUCUGGCAGGAGCAGGGCUACUUCAUUCAUGGUCUGCUGAUGUUCGCCAUCACACACAUCCUGUACUCUUCAGCCUUCGGCAUGAAGCCUUUGGACCUCAAAGCCGGCUUGUUGAUGGGCCUUGUUUCCAGUUCCUGUUAUGCCUUCCUGUACUCCUACCUCUCAGGCCCAUUCACCUACCUGGUAGCCGUCUACAUCGCCUUGAUUGGCUUCAUGGGCUGGCGAGCGGUCGCCGGCAUGCAGCUGUGCAACGACCUCUGGACGUGGACCAAGCUCUCGGCCUGCAUCGGCGCGAUGCUGUUCAUGGUGUCGGAUCUGACCAUUGCACUUAACAAGUUCUGCUUUCCCGUGCCCUACUCGCGCUUCAUCAUCAUGGCUACCUACUAUGCAGCCCAAAUGCUUAUUGCACUGUCAGCUGUAGAGAGCAGAGAUGAAGAAGACUUCAGAAAGAGGAGCUAGAUGGAGUGCUAAUAGUCUGUGAACAACUUGGGUUAUAUCUCAGGUGCUGUAGCUGCAUUCACCCCUGAGAGAGAUCUCCAUUUCUCUAGGCACAUUGGUGAUAUUGAUUUUGCUUCUUUGAAGCAUUAUCUGUGGGGCUUUUUUUUUUUUCAAUGGCUUUCUCUGAAUACAGCUUACUUCAGUGUGGAGUCCACAUCAGAAAGCUUAGACUGUCCCUGCAGUAGCUCAUUCAACUCUUCUUUCUUGGAAGUGCUGUACUACUGCAUUCUACUUGUUAGUCUUGAAACUGAUGCUGAAUGUCUGGGAAGAGGAGGGUUGAUGGAAAUGAGGUUUGGCCAUGCACUGUGCUAAAAGACUUGCUUUCAAUAGUAGGGAGUCAGGCACAGAUCUCUGCUAAAGUCAUAGGUAAAAAUGAAUUUAACUGACGUUUGUCUCUUUUUGUGCAUUAUAAACUCAGUACUCAAACUGGAACUAUUGCCUCUGCUGAAAGGAAGCCUGGAGGUAGAGUUAAAACAAGAUAUCCAGAUGAGGGCUGAGCUUUGGAGCCAACGGCAGCAUGUGGGGCAGCCCCCAGCAGAACCAGAACGAAAGCAAAACACCAAGCAGAGAGCACAGAGCAAGGCGUGCGCUGACGUGCAGUGCUGUGUGCUUUGAUCACUGCUCCAGGGUAAGCCUGUAGGUGCAAGUCAGCGUUGCCGUGUGUGGCAGAACGAGGAGAUUGGUGGGAUUUCAUGGACACCCAGGUAGCCAGGCCAGCACGUUCCCCACGCCUUGAGUGCGCAGGUACACAGUGUCUGCAGCCACCAGUGACAGCUGAAAUGUAAUGGGCACAUGAGGAACUUGUGAUUUUUACAACAGAACUUUAAGCAUAUAUUUUACUAAUAUAUGCCCUAAUUGUCCUUAGUACAUCAGACAGGGAUCUAACCUUUAUGCCUUUCUUCCCCAGCAUCCUAACAAAUAAUAUUCCAUAUACUCAUUAAGCUUUACAGUACUGCUGCUUGCAGUAUCUCUCAGAUCUUCGUGUGAGCAUUUCCUGUGGUCAAGGCUCUUAUUUUGGAUGUAGAUUCUUGUGUUUUGCCAGCUGGUUGUACAAAAUCAGCUUUGCACCACUUGUUUUUGGAAAGACCCUUUUCAGCAGAGCUUCCUGAAAAGCACUGUCUUGUGCGUUCACAGUGUCUGCUGCUUCCUUCUCAGACCCACAUGGACGCAGUGAGAAUGUGCCACCAGUGCUGGGAAAGCGUGUUUAAUUCUGAUCCAAAUUCUUUGGUUGGUUUUUCUGCCCAUCUGCUGAAGCAAGAUUCCUUCUGACUUCAGACUGUCUUUAAAAGAUACAGGAUGAGGUUGCUCCGAUUUUUAAUCAUUUGUGAUCAUAUGUAUGUUUUUUCCUCUUAUUUAGGAUAUCUAGCAGCAAGCUCUGUUUCUGUCUGAAACUAUCGUGAAUGUGCUUUUCCCUUCUGUCCAUCCUAGGGCCACUCUCAUGGGCUGAGAUGCUCCCCCAGUGGCUUAUUAUAAGACAUGAGUGCGCUCAGGUGUGCAAAGGAAGCUUGCUGAGGGUUCCUGCACCUCUUCAAACCUGCAGCCAAAUGGGAACAGCCAGAGCAGACUGCACAGCUUGAAUCCACGUGCAUCCCAACAGCCCCUUGCACGUGCGCUCAUGUGGGCAGGAGGGGCAGUCCUUCAGACCAGCUGAAAAUCACCACCACGCUCUCCAUACCUAGCGUGCCCAGACCAUUCUAGGCAAAAGCCAGGCACUGAGUCCCUGGCAGUUGGGGAGGAAUUCCUCUUUGUGAGGAGUGUGGCAGGGUCGGGGGCAGCUGAGGAAACCCUACCAACCCUGCUAGCUUUUCCCUUGGUGUUGAGAGGUGCUAAGUGGGUCUCCUGCUUCUCCCCGGCCUCGCGUGGUGGGACUGGGUGGGGAACAGGCAUUGCCUCCCCACAACUUCUGCAUUAGUGCAAAUUCAGCCAGUAUUACAAAAAUCUAGGUUAACCAUCCUGACCCUGUGGAGUCAUCUGCUGCUUUUCAGAGAUCAGAAAGGUCAGCUGCAUUAUUGAGAGGGAAAGCAUUGUAAAUAGCCCAGCCCUGUGUAAUGUCUUCCCUUUCAUGCUGUUGUGUAAUAUUGUCAGUAUUCAUUCACUGGGGCCUGCCUGGAGUAAACUGCUAAGGGGAUUUAGAGCCAUAAACAUCUUCAUUCAUCAGCACCGCUUAUCUCCUGGCCGCAGCCUGAACCCUGCAGUGUAACUCUCUGCGGAUGUCACCUGCUGUUACUCAGCUUGACUGUUUGCAAAUCUCUUCCUGCAACAGACUGACCCAGCUAAGAGGAAAUCUAAGCACUUGGGGUGAACCCCGUAUCCUCUCAGCAUGUGAGAAAACAGCACAUUUCAGUCUGAUUUACAUCUCCUUGUAAAGGGAGUCAGUCCAGCACAUUCAGUCCUUAGCUGGCAGUUCUUCAGAGAAGCCUCCCACACCCUGAGCUUCCCCUUGCUUUGAGGAAAAUGCACGUGUGAUAAAGUAAGCUUUAUUUAAAAGUCAGUAUUUCGAUUAGCUUUUUUUUUCCCCUCUAGAAAUGAAUAGUCUUCAACUUCCCGAAGAUGGCCAAGUUGCUUUUCUGCAUCCUUUUUCAUCUUGGCUUGCUCUGUUACCCUGCUCCACCAUCAGCCACCGGAUACUUGCAGAAAAGGAUCUUUGAAGUGUUAUUAGGAGGCCUGUCCUCUCAGCUGGCCAUCAGAGGUGCAGUUUCUGGUGGCAGAGCUCUCUGGGUGGCUCUAGCCCGGCCAGCAGAAUCAGCUGCAGCCCAAGUGGGCUGUUGCUCCCUCGCUGGGACACGUCCUGCCAGCCACGCUGGCUCUGUCCCAGUGCUGCAACGGCUUCAGCCUUCCCAGGAGCAUGAGGCAGAGCGCUCAGCACACAAAGUCAGGGAGAGCCCUGGCUGGCUCAGAGGUUCACCAGUGAAGGCUCUGACUUUUCAAAAUCUCUCUCCUGCUCUGCAUUUCUCCUUUUAAUCCAUAUUACUUGAACGAGACCAUUUUCCUGGAGGCUCUUUCCUGCUGGGAAGAGAUCAGCUGCUGUGGACACUGAUUUGACACAAUUUUGAGUUUCAUAAACCCUGAGAAACACUAAUCAGUUGCUGACAGUCUAAUAAAUACCUUUUAUUGGGAUUACAACUGUACCCUCUACCCCAGCGAGGGCAAUCUUCACUUUGAAAGGGAGUAAACAAGAAGUGGGAGUGACGUGACUGUCUGUGGCACUGCCUUUGUGGACCUUACUGUUCUCUCUGCACUGUAAAACUGCGAGGUUUGAUCCAUUCUUCUCCUUUUCAGGGGUAGUCUUUGAGAAGCACCUGGUCUUUGGCCCAGGGACAUUACAGAGGGAAUGAAGCACCCCAGCGGUAUCAGCUCCUUUGCUUGCUAAGUACAGAGGCUUUCUUUUCACACUGCUGUGUUCAAACACAAUUCCUGUCUAUGAUUACUUGAGGUUAAACACAUGGUCCAAUUACUUUUGCUCUCUUUCCUUUCUGUGGUUAUCGCCCUCUUGGAGAUCCUUCGGCUCCUUAUUUGGACAUACAAAAGAUGCAGCACAUUUCUUUCAGCCUCGUAUCUCUUUCUGUAGAUAGAUCCUCCUCACACAGAACUCCCAAUGAAGUCAAAGCAGCAAUGCUAAUUGAAACUGUUUUUUAAAUGCUAGUGAUGCUUCUGGGCUGUGCCAGUCACACUGAUGUCAGCAGGGUGGAGCUGGUGUAGAAAUGGUGGGUUGAGAAGACCAAAUCCAGAGGGUUAUAACAGCUUUACUCCUACUCUACCAAGAAAAAUGUGCUUGUGCUUAAUGCUUGGCUUCUUACUCCAUAAUGAGGCAACUUUAAGACUGGUUGGUUUAAGAAUUACUCUAACAUGGCUUUUAAGCAGAUUGCUGAAGGUUUCAUGCUGUAAUCAGUGGAGGAAAUAGAUAUAUUUUUACACAAGGAUAUAAAAGUCCCAGGACAAACUUUGCAGAAUUUUUAGUGGCUUUUCAAAGUUUUCCAGUCCCGUAGUUUGACAUAACACCUGUAUGUUUUCAGCUUGCUAUCAUGGUAAUUUUGGGAGCUGUUCUGGAAGAAGCAGAUCAAAGCAAACAGCAGCUGUAAAGCUCAGUGGCAGGUGCCUCUUUCUCUUUGCUUGGUUUCUGGAUGCAUACAGGGGCUCUUUUAAGCAGAGGCAUCAUAACUGCAUUCCUGGAAGAGGACGGGGAGUUGCCAACUUCUCAUGCCAGAAGUCCUCCUGGGUACUUCUCCUGCCUUUUAUCCAUGCUUGCUCCUUUUGUGGCCUUGGGUAAGUCAAGUUACUUAAAUUUUCUGGGGCCAGGUCCUCAUCUGGUGCGAAAAGGCACAUGUGUAUGAGGGCCAGUGCUAUGCCAGGUUACAAUGGCAGGGGACCACACCCUCACCCCAUUUCUAAAAUGAGGAUAUUAACACUUACCUACCUCACAAAGAAGCUGUGAGGAUUAAUGUUCAUACAGCGCUUUGAAGAUGUAAAGUGCUAUAUAAGUCCCAAGAAUUAUCCUACCUUAGGGUUGAAAUGCUUUUAGGGAUCUGCAGGACUUCUCUUAAAGCAUGGAAUGUGUGACUGCCUUUUCAAUUUGCAUCAGAUGGAAAGCAAAUGUAAAAUAUUUAUUUGUACUGGUUAACAGGAUAGGCUCAGCUGCACUUGAACUCUGAGGAGGGUUUAGCUUAAAAGUCUGAACUUCAGUUUUGUGAAUUUCAGUUUUGCAAAUGGUCUUUAGUUCUUCUAAAAGCCUCAACCAAAUUCUUAGACAUGAACCUUGUAUCCAAAUUUUGCAGUCUGGUCUUAUCCCUGACUGUUAGCUAGAAUAAACCUAAUCCAGCCAAAACACAGUGCUCUCACAGCCUGCUAUGGCUGUUGAAAAGACUGGAACAGAAAAUGAAGUCAUUCUAUUCAACCUUCAUUCUGCAGAAGGUCAGCUAGGUUUCAUGAGACAACUUGCAAAGGGAUGUUCAAUUUUUGUGAUUGUAAGUUUUACUGGCUUUAAAAUCAACAGAGAGGGAAGGCCUUGAUGGAAUCAAUAAGGUUGGCACUUCCUUCUUGAAUUACUUCCUUUUUACCCGAAUCAAAGAAAUAGCAGGUUCUGUAGCAAAGGAUGUGCUUGUACUACCAGUCCUAGGGCCCAGAACAAAAGUUCAUCUAGAAAUACAGCUCUGAACCAUCACCAUGUUCUCAAGUAGUAUAAAAAUGACAUGGUUCACUGAUUUCAAAUCUGGACCACAGCUAGAAACUACUUAGUUCUGGUAGAACUAGCUGCUGUACAAACACAAAUGAAGGCAAGGAAUUACACACCAAGGAAGGUGAGCUGUGAACAUGUGAAAUGGACCAUAAUUCUGAAGCAGCUGCAGUAAAAUCUUAUCUUAAUAUGAACUCAGAAGCAAACACAAUGCAAAUUUUUAUGGUUUCUUUAAAAUGUUUGAUGGGUUUUAGUUUUCUUAGUUUGGAGGAAAUUUUCUUAAUGUUAUUUUAUUUUUGCUCUUAUUGUAAAGAAUAAAAAUGUACAACUCUAGAUAGACUACAAAUGAAAAAAGGUGGCCAGUUGGCAGGAUUGCCAAAACUUCUGUGGCUUGUAUUGUUUCUGUGGUGACACUAUGCUGCUGUAGGAUGAGCUACUGGAGUGGUGUGACAGCUCAGCAGUGAGGCCGAGGCACAAGGCCAGUCUCAUAUAAGAGGGGUGCUGGGGCCAAGCCACUGAGGCUGCAGUGGGAGCACGACUGGGCCGAUUCGGAUCAGUCAAAAGACAGAGCAUCGGGAAGUAAACUUUUCCUGACAGCUAAAAAGCAAGAAAGCAAAGCCAGCCUGUUGGGUGACAGUGCUGAAUCAGCACAGACACACGUAUCUGGACCUCGCAUGUGCAGGCUCCUGCUGGAGCAGGCCUUGCUCCUAAUCCACCUCGGAGCCUACAGUGCGGGCAGGGUCAGGCCAGCAGAACUGGAUGCUUUGUUAAAUAAAAAUCCCAAGAAACCCCAAACGAACCAACCAAACAAGGAAGGAAAAAGCAAAUACCAUUGUGUAAGCAGUAGUUCUGCCUGGCUGAGACUGCAGGCUGGCUGGUCUGUCCUGAACACCAAUCUUUGUGUCUUGUACCCGCGCGAGCCUCUCGCUCCAGCCCCUCCACGCAUUCCGGGCAGAGUGCACUGAAAGAUCUGAAUGAAGCAGCUGCUCUCCCCUGGGGAGUCAAGCAUUUUGCCACGUCUGAAAGUCACUAGCACUUACUUCCUCUGCCGUGAUUGUAAAGGUCACCACAUGCAGUAUGGCCACUUGAUCUGGGAUCUUUUCUUAACAUAUUUUUAUGCUGAUUUUACUAUUUUAAUUCUAUGUUUGGAAUGUACUUUUUUUCCUCAUUUCUUCGGUGUGUAACAGCAAUUAAAAAUAUUAAUUUACUGGGUAUUUUUACUGUGCAGAUA